GGCGAAGAUGAGUAUUCGUUAGAAUGGAGCAACCCGAGAGCAAAGGCAUUGGAGGAGACAUGAGCGAGGGAAGCGGCAACAAGAAGCACAUAAUUCUCGUCCAUGGCGCUUGCCAUGGAGCAUGGUCUUGGCACAAGGUGACGACGCUGUUGAGGUCCGCGGGGUACCGGGUCACGGCGCUUGACCUCGCGGCCUCCGGCAUCGACGAACGGCGGUUCCAAGACCUGCGUACGUUCACCGACUACACGCAACCACUGUUGGACGUAGUGGCCUCCCUUCCACCUGGUGAGAGGGUCGUCCUCGUAGGCCACAGCCUCGGAGGCAUGAACAUUGCUCUGGCCAUGGACAGGUUCCCUGAGAAGAUCGCUGCCGCGGUGUUUGUCACCGCCUUCAUGCCCGAUUCCGUCAACCCGCCCUCCUACGUCCUCGACAAGCUUAAACAGGAGAAAACCAUGUCAUAUUGGCUUGACACUCAAUUUGGGUUAGUCGUCGGGGACAGAGAGAGAGGCCCGACUUCCAUGCUGUUAGGUCCCAAGUUUUUGUCCAAGCUUUACAAGCUCAGCCCACCCGAGGAUCUCACGCUGGCGAUGACCCUCGCGAGGCCUUCUUCUUUAUUCCUCGAAGACCUGGUGUCCAUGCCGCCCUUCUCCGAGUCAGGAUACGGGUCGGUCGAGAAGGUCUACGUCGUGUGCGCUCAGGAUGAAGGCAUAAGCGAAGCGUUUCAGCGCUGGAUGAUCGAGAAUAACCCAGUGAAAGUGGUGAAGGAGAUCGAGGAUGCCGACCAUAUGCCCAUCUUCUCAACCCCGAAGCAGCUCUUCCAAUGCCUGUCUGAUGUUGCCGAUGCCUGUGCUUGAUCCUCCCGGGUUUUACUAUUACAAGCCACCGAAUACUGUGGCCAUAGUUAAGUAAAUAAGAUAGUUGUCCGUGAGUUGCUGCUGUGAUCGAUGCAUCAUGGUUUGCUAUCAGCAACGGUGUAUUUGUUUCGUAUAUCAAAUCAUGGACAGCUGAGAAGACAAUAAAAUAAAUAGAUAUUGU